UUUCCGUGUAGCCAUUGCUUGCAAACAGGUGGUUGACACACAGCUCCUUUGUUUGCUUGGUUGGACGAGAAUGCGCCUGCGCGUCCACGCCCUUUAUCACAGGUGCGUUAGAUGACCUAAUUCCUCAGGAGGAAGACAGAAGCAAAUUGCUAACAUGAGCAAUUCAACGGAGAGAGCAAUCGACUUGGAGGAUUUCUUUAAAACGGUGAGCGAGGUGCAAAGCCUCAUUGAAAAAAUCUCCAGCCAAACAGAGGAAAUGGAUAGAAGCCACAGCUGCACCCUCUCCUCUUUGGACAGCGGCAAAAGAAGUAAAGAUGAACUGGAGCUGCUGAACAAUGAGAUCAGAAAGAACGCCAACUUGGUCCAAACGAAGUUAAAAUUAAUGCAGAAGAACUGCGCAUCAGAUGAGAACAGAACUAAUAACUCGGUGAGCCAUCGAAUCCAAAGGAAUCAGCACUCACAUCUGACUCGCAGGUUUUCUGAGGUCAUGAAGAAUUACCAUCAGGUCCAGAUUUCUUUCAGAGAGAAAUGCAAAGCCCAGAUUCAGAGACACCUAGAGAUUGUGGGUAAAGUCAUGACGGAUGACGAACUGGAAGAUGUGCUGCCAUGUGAUAAUCUUCCCAUCUUCAUACCCAAUACCAACUUUUCAAGUCAGGCGCUCACUGAGAUCGAAAGACGUCAUCAGGACAUCAUCAGCCUUGAAUAUAGCAUAAAAGAGCUACAUGAGCUAUUUACAGACACAGCCAUGUUGUUGGAAACUCAGGGGGAGUUGAUCAACAGUAUAGAGAAGAAUGUCACCAGCGCUGGAGAAUAUGCAGGUGCAGCAGUAGAAGAAACCAAAAAAGCAAUCUAUUAUUCCAAGAAUCCUUAUCAGAUUGCACCUCUCCCAAUCUCCUUUAAGCUCUUUAAGAGAUACACCAGUACUAAAACUGCCGCCGAUGGAAACUCUUCCAAAAACUGCACCAAACAUUCCUGAUAUGCAUCAAACCUAUCAGACUUUUGGAUAAUUAUUUUUAUCUAAUUUAUUUUGCCUGAAAGCCUAUUAUUCUUGGAGAAUCAUAAUUUGUUUUUAACCAGAUUGAAUAAUUUAAAUGUGUUUUAAAAAUAACCUGUCACUACUAACCUUGCUUUUCAAUACACUUUUAUGUUAAGAAAAUAGAUUUUAGACAGAAAAAUUGGUCAAUUUCCUGACAAUACUUGGGACUGUUUAACUCUCUCUUUGUCAGUAGGUGCCACUGUAACACUGUUGUAAAGGGAGGCUUUGCCUUGUCUAGGGUUUCUUCUUUGAUAAUGUGCUAUUGUUGAAAGAACUCUUUAAACUAUAUUAAACUAAGAGAAAUGUCAAAUUAUAUGGAUGGUGAAACAAAUCUAAUAUUACCGUUCAUAUUUUGGUGCUUUAUAAUUUAAAUAAAGCUCUAAAACUGAUUAUAAAAUUUAUAAUUUUUUUUAAAUAAAUGCCAAUAAACUUUGAAUGUACACAGAUUUUUUUUUUAAAGUUGUAUUUUAUGUGAUAUGUUUUUUUCUUUUCCCGUUUUUUUUGUGAACAAAGUUUAAAUAAAAUCUGUGAGCAAAUUGUCACAACCAAACCUUCCACCAUCAACAAUGAAACCAGGAAAAAAUAAAUGACAUAAAAUUAUUACUUGGGAAGUAAAUUUAAUGUUUGAAUAUUUUAGAUCCAUAAAAGGUUUGUUGUGAAUUGAUAUUUCGGUAUCUAAUUGUAAACCUACUGUGGUAUUAAUUUUGCUAUUAGUUUUUUUUUUGUCUGGUUUUCUUGUAUUUUAUUUUCUCUCCCCAUUUUAAUUUUAAUCUGUUUUUAUUCAUAUAAUUGUGUUUUCCUAAAUAAACAAUUUUUUUAUGUA